UUAAAAAUAUCUUCAUUGGCCCCACAAUUCUCUUGUGAGAUCUACAACCCAAUAUUUGGUGAAUUUUCUGGAGAAAGAAAUUUUGAACCGAAGAAGGGACAAAGGUUGAAAGCAUCUUAAUCAUCAACUAUGAAGACCAUUUUCCUCCUGAUCUUCUUCUGGGGACUAUCCUGUGCUCUUCCUGUAGCCAAAAAUCUCAACACAGACUCUGAGAGUUCUGAAGAAUUGAAGGGUCAUUUGGCACCGACACCAGUUCUACCUUUGGAGAGUAGUGAGUCAUCAGAAGAAAGUAAAGAUAGCUCAAAGGAACAGACAAAGGAGGAUAAGACAGACAACAGUGACAGUACUGAAUCAGAAGAAGACUUGGGCCUUACUGAUCAAGAGUCUGUUUAUAGACUAUCUGACAGCCCCUUUAAGAGUGGAAUAAAAUACGAUGAUAAGAAUGAUGAUGAAGAUGACAGUGGAGAUGACACUUUCGUUGAUAUCGACGAUGGCCAGGGGUCCAUGGAAAGGCAUCAACGUGAAGGUGAACACACCUGGUCUAGAAGAGAUGAUGAUUCUGACACCCCCUUACCCAAUGAAAAUAGUGCCGGAGAUGGGGAAGAUGUCCGUCACAAUGCUGUCAGUGAUGAAAGCAGUCAGAGUGAAAGCCGAAGCCUUGAAGAAGAGGAAAAUGAAAGUCAUAAGGUGGGUGGCCAUGACAGCAAUAGUGAUGAGUACACAGAAGGAGUAGGAAGUAAACAAAGCUACAGCACUUCCAGAGAUGAUUCUUCGUUUGAUGAUGAAGAAAUGCAAGGUGAUGACGCAGACACUAUUGGAAGCAAGACAAGUAAUUCCAGAAUGAUGAGUUACAAUGUCCACUCAAAGAAAAAGAUUCACAAGACAAGAGGUCAGGGUGGGAACAGACAAGAUUCUGAUGUGAGCCAAUUGAUGGGGCAGCGUGGCAGGAAAUCCUUCCAAAAGGCACGCAUCUCAGAGGAGGAUGACUUGGGGGAAAAUGAUGACAGUAACACCAUGGAAGAAGCCAUAAGUGACUCCACAGAAAAUAGCCAAUCCAGUGAAAACAGUCAAUCCCAUGAAAACAGCAAAAGCAAAUCCCAAGAAAAGAGCAACAGUCAGUCUCAGGAAGAUAGCCCAAAUGUUCAGGAUCUCAGCAGUGAGUCCAGCUCACAGGAAAAUGAUGAGUCUCACAACAAACAAAGUCAGACCCAGGAAGAGAAUGAAAAUGUUUCACGGGGUGAUAACCCUGACACUGACGCAAAGAGUGUUGGUCUAUCUGAAGUUAAUAAGGAAGAUAGUAGCAAUUCCUCUGAAGAGAGCAAUCUAACCAACUCCUCCAGCUCAGAUAGUGAAUCCAGAGAGGAACAAAGUGACAGUACAUCUAAUGAGAGUGGGAGCCCCUCAGAGGAGAGCAGGGAGUCAACUCAGGAAGAAGACAGUUCCAGCCAGGAAGACUUGCAGUCUCAGAGUUCAUCAGCAGAGAGCCAUAGUGCCUCCAAGGAAGACAGUGGGGAAAGCAGUUCUGAACAGCUGCAAGAAGAGGGAAACAGUCAGUCGGAAGAAGAGGCCAGAGCAUUUCAGGAAAACAGUAAGCUUAGAAAAAAUGGGAAUUCUAAUGAAAGUAAAUCAGUUAGCAGUGAAGAGAGCCUGUCCAGAAGCAUUGAAGUGGAAAGUAGAAAGCUGAUAGUUGACAUUUAUCAUAACAGACCCACUGGAGACCAUGAUGACAAUGACUGCCAAGACGGCUAUUAGCAUUAGCUCGAAAGCAUAUUUUUGGUAGAAGGGAGGGAGAGGGAGAAGGAAAUGGGGUGCUUUGAUUUAUUCAUCUUACAAUUUCUUUUGGAAGAUAAUUAACGGGACACCAUAGUCAUUUGUAAGGAAUUAUUCUUCCAUAGAAGUUCACAGAAUGUGAAAUAGCUCCAGGACACACUAUUCGUGAUAGUGGAAACAAGAAAGAAUUUUGUCUUAUAAUUUUAUAGCUUGGGUUUUGAAGAAAUGCCACAAAAUGAGGAUUCUUUCAUAAGUGAGUUUUAAGUGAUUAAAUAUUUGGUUGGAGAAAACAUUAAAAAAUUAUAAGAUAGCCGUGUUUUGGUUUAAUGAAAAAGACUUCUUUCUGUGACCAAUCUUACCCUUUUCAAUGGGUUCUCUGUAAAACAUCAAUGUUAAAGGGAUUUAUUCUGGACCACUGGUGUGUGGGAAUGGGUUAUGUGAGUUGCUGAGAUCUCCUUUUAUUUGUUAAAUUAUGUGUUUAACAUAAUUUGAGCGUCUGCUCCCUAAUUUGGCUGAUGUGCAAUACCAGAAUUGAAACUCUGUGACCAGCUGUAACUUUUGCUCAUAGCAAAUAAAAGCUGUGUAUAUAGACUUCAACUGAACUUGUUAUGUACACUUUGGAAUGUUACCUCAA